AUGGAUAAACUGGAAUUACGGGAGCGAGCCUCCUUCCACGUAGCCGAUUACGUCAUAUUCGGGCUGACGGUGGCCAUUUCCUCUGGCGUUGGGAUUUACUUCGCCGUCGCUGGCGGGCGUCAAAAGACGACGUCGGAAUACCUGGUGGGGAAUCGGAAGAUGAAGAUCGGGCCGGUGGCGUUGUCUCUGAUUGUGUCGUUUGAGUCAUCUGUGUUGAUGCUGGGAUUUCCCGCCGAGAUGUAUGGCUACGGUACUCAAUUCUGGAUGUGGCAUAUUGGACUGGCCUUCUCCAUACUCUUCAUCGCACAGGUGUUCGUCCCUCUAAUCCACCCACUAGGCGUUACCAGUGCCUACGAGUAUCUGGAACUUCGUUACAACUCGCGUGCUGUCCGCAUUUUGGGUUCCAUUCUGGGUAUCUUGAAUCAGACAUUUUACAUGGGGAUCGUGUUAUUCGGUCCAGCCACAGCUUUAGAGGCAGUGACGGGAUUCCCAGUCUGGUACUCAGUGAUUCUAGUGGCAGCCGCCUCCGUGUUCUACACUUCUCUGGGUGGAAUAAAAGCUGUGAUCUGGACGGACGCCAUUCAGUUUAUCAUCAUGGUUGGUGGAAUACUGGCUGUUAUUAUUAUGGGAUGCAUUUAUGUGGGAGGAUUCGACAAGAUGUGGCAACUAAAUGUGGACGGAGGCAGGGUGAAAUUCUUUGAUUUUGACCCCAAUCCUUUAGUUCGACACACCUUCUGGACUCUGGUGGUAGGGAACACCAUCCGGAACUUCCAUCUGGGCUUCAACCAAUCAACGGUCCAGAGAGUAGUAUCCAUGGAAACCUUAACGAAAGCUAAGAUAAUAGUCCUGUUUGCUAUUCCGGGAUUCCUCUUGUUUGGAACUCUGGCCUGUUUAGAAGGAAUGAUCUCCUAUGCGUAUUUCGCCUACACGGAAUGUGAUCCUUACGGGGCAGGGCUGAUCAGUAACACGAAUCAGGUGCUACCGUUUGUUGUGAUGGAACUGUUCCGGAAUCUACCUGGUCUCCCUGGGCUAUUCCUGGCAUCUCUCUUCAGUGCUUCACUAAGCACCUUAUCUUCGGCUCUCAGCAGUAUAUCAGCCAUGGUCUGGACAGAUUUUCUUCAACCUCAUAUGAAAAAUGCCUCGGAGACAAGAGCCACCAUAGCUGCCAAGAUCGUUGUGGUUGUGUUCGGUGGAGUUUCAGUUGGAAUCGCUUUCCUCAUCAUGUUAAUCGGUGGACCUUUGCAACAGGUGUCCUACGGCGUUCUCGGGUCUAUAUCAGGGCCUCUUACCGGAAUAUUCAUCGCUGGUUGCUUCUUUCCUUUCACCAACUCCGUGGGUGCUAUCGUGGGGGCCGUGUUCUCAUUUGGGGUCAGCAUGUGGUUGUCCCUGGGGUCUAGUUUCUCGCCGUACACCCGGAAGACGCCGUACCUACCUCCGGCCCCAAUACACAACUGCUACGUGAACGGUACUUUAAAUAAUACCAUCCUGUCCACGCCAGCACCAGUCGUGAACGUCACAGAUGACGUACCUGGGAUCACAACAUUUUACUCCAUAUCAUACCAAUAUUUUGGACCUAUAGGAAUGCUCUCUUGUAUCCUCAUCGCUUUGCUGGCGAGCGCUUUGACAGGGGGUUGCAGUACAGCCGACGAUGUUGAUCCUAAAUACAUCUCCCCGCUUUGGGAUAACAUAUGCUGUUGUUUCCCGGAAUCUUGUCGGCGGGUGCUUAGGCAUAAAGUUCACAAACGCCAAGAUUAUUACAAGGACAAGGCCCGUAACUCUUGGGAAGACGAGAGGAAUGGAUAUGACAACCCGUCGAUGUCAAUGAAGUUGUCUGAAAAGUCUGAAUUUUCGAAAAUGGAGGAAACAUAGACAUGAGGAUUAGUUAAAGAUGUGUUUCUUCUCAGACGAGAUUUUCCGAGUGGUUGGGAAAAAUACAUUGUGAGACAUUACUGUUUUAUAAGAGACGACGAACGGAGUGUUAAGGUAAACCAGUACGCAUGUGUAGA